AUGGCGAACCCGAAUGCCUCGCAGCAAGCCUUUGAGAAAGCCAAGACUACUUUCAAGAAGCAUUUGAAAGAUGAGAAGCUGUUUGAGGAUUUGUUGAAAAUUACUAGUAUUGAAAGGGUUUAUGAGGCGAUCGAGCAUUUGCAGGCAAAGCAAGACUCUGAACGACGCAUACGACGUCUGCAUAAGAUCAGCAGCUUUCUCAACAAGCUUUCAGCAUACGCCAGCGCUGUCGACACCUUCGUGCAGGUCAAACCAGAAAUAAUGGCUUUGGUCUGGGGGCCUAUCCAAGUCUUGUUGGUAUGGACUGAUAACGUUACCAAGUUUGCUGAUGCUGUCGUCGCUGCUAUGGAGCAGAUCAGCGAUGCCUUGCCCCAUUUCGUUGACAUAACCAAGAUCUUUGGCAAUAAUGAUAUGCUGAGAGACAAGUUGGCGCUAUUUUACCAAGACAUCCUUGAGUUCUACACUGUCGUCUUCGACUUUUUCAAUAUGUCGAGACCCAGAAUCUUCUUUGAAUCUGUGUGGCCAAAGCAGAAGGCCAAGAUCGAUGUUCUCGUCAGCCAUAUCGAACGCCACACCGCUCUCAUGAGGAAUGAGGUCUCUUUCCGGCAUAUACAAGAGGAGCAUGAAGCUCGAGUCAAAGCUCUCGCACAUUUCGAUGGGCAAACAAGUUCCCAGGAGCUACAAAAGUUCCAAGCUCUACAAAGUCGAGUCGCCCCCCAGGCUUACAACGAUCGCCUAGACUACUUGCUGAAUCGCUUGUCGGAGGGUUCAAUGAAGUGGCUUAUGCGUGACAAAACUUUGUUGGAGUGGCUGGACAUGACCAGCUCGGCAGCGCGUUACCUAUGGUUUCAUGGUAUACCGGGAGCAGGCAAGUUUUGCAAGACAUAUCUUUCGGCAUCGACGGUCAAGGAGGCCAGGAAACAUCAUCAAACACUCUUCGCGUUUCCGAGCCACACCUCUGGAAGCAGCACUACGGCCAAAUCCAUUCUGCAGUCUCUGUUAUUCCAAUUAGCAUUCAAUGCUAAAGACAUACAGUCUGCUCUUGUUGGGUCUGACGAAUGGGACCUGGUCAGCAACGCGAACAAGGUCUCGGAAAUUUUGAAGACCAUGCUGAAAGUUGGUGGACCUACGUACAUCAUCAUAGAUGGACUAGACGAGAUGGAGGCAUUCGAGCGUGGGAUACUCUUGCAAAAGCUCCUUGAAUUGGAUGACUGUACCGAAACAAGAGUCCUCGUCAGCAGCAGGCCCGAGGACGAUAUUGAGAAGAUGCUCAAGACCAAUGCCGCGAGCAUCACCGUGAACGAGGAGAACUCAGCUAGCAUCCAGGCAUAUGUGAACCAAAGAAUUCGGGACUGGAUGGGCAACACAGAUUUUGUCCAGGAAGCCCAGGAGCAGAUACGGCACCUGUUGGCCCCCCUUGCGGCAAAUGCAAACGGCAUGUUUCUCUAUGCUCGCAUUGUCCUGGAUACCGCUGAGGGACUGACCAGUCUCGAGGAAAUUGAACGAGAACUUAGAGCACCCCCUAAGGACUUGGAUGAAGCGUAUUCUCGAAUAUUCGCACGAAUCAACGAUUUGUCGCCACCCUUGCAACGAAAAGCAAAGAUGAUCUAUAGCUGGAUCGGUUGUGCCCCCAUUCCUAUGACGCAGCACGAGAUGGAGCAAGCCUUGGAAAUUGCCUCGGGCAGCAACGAUGCAGCUCCUAUUGUUAUGGCCAGCGUGAAUUUUGUUCGCAUAUGUGGUGUAGCUGUCGAAGUUGUGGACGAACGACCGUGCUUUGUGCACUUCACCGUUAGCGAAUAUAUUGUCGGGCGGAAGCUCACCGACUUCAUGAGCAAGGCUGAAGCUAACUACAUCCUUGCUAAAUCUACAUUGAUAUAUCUCUGCUCUGGGAUAUUCGACCAAGAAUUGUCUGACAAGCAGCUUGAUGAGAACAUCCUCGCUGGGAGAUACCGACUUCACUGGUUCGCCUUCACUCAAUGGAUUGCCCUCACUAAAUCCUGUAUUGAAGAGUCCAAGGACUUGUCGGCCUAUCCAGACCUGCGCGAACUCCUUUGUCGCCUAGUAGUCGAUCUGAGCAACUCUGACUUUGAAGGUGAGGUCGACCUCGAAGACACCAUCCUCGGGGACAUUGAGUCAGGCUGGCCAGACAUUGUCCAUAUGGUCUGCGGAGUCUCGCAGUUCCGCCAGGACGAUAGCCAGGCUGAUUGGGACUACACUAACCGCAACGAGUGGGUGAAUAAGGACCCUUCCACCAUGUCGACCAUGUGGGCUCGCAUCUACCAGCGUUUCCGGGCGCUGGUAUGCGACAAAAUAGAGCACCAAAAGUCUAUUUGCCACUGUGUAAUGCUCAAGAGGCAUUACGGGACCAGACUCUUCAAGUGCUCAUUCCCUAGCUGUAGCCUCAGCCGGCAGGGAUUUGACACUCGCAAGGCCUGCGACACGCAUGUCAAACGUGAGAAUCACGGGCGGCCUUGGAAAUGCACCGUGCCAGACUGCGAGUUCGCCGUCAUCGGCUUCUCCAGCAGAUGGGAUGCAGAUUCUCAUUGGCAGACACAUCACCGCAUUUCCAAGCCAACCUCUACACACCACGUACCCCAGGAUGAGUUCUCGCCUGACGAGCUCCAGGUCCUCUUGUUUGAGUUUACAAAGGCUGGCAACGUCGACGGGAUACAGCGUCUUGGACCUCAAAUUGCCUCGCACGAUGAGGUUGUGAAGCCCGCGGUACUUCUGGCAGCAAGAAUGGGAUCGCUGCCGAUGGUCGAAGUCUUGACCGAGUAUCCAAAUUUUCGCGAUGCGAGAUUCUACCCUGCUGUCAUGAAGAGCGACAACCCAAACCUCUUGCUCUGGUUCCUGAAAAAACUGUUGGACUCGGAACGUAAUGGUUCUAUCCGCGCUCAAUACAACUGGCUGGCUGGCGAGGCCGUCGCUACCAGCUCACCUGACAUGUACGCCGCGUGGGAGGAUUUUUUUCUCGACCCCGAGCGCGGGCUCAAAGCCGCUUAUCCUUACCACUCCGGAUCGAUGCUGGAUUAUUGGGGAAACAAGAUCUCCUUUCGGGAGAUGAAAAAGAUCCCUCGUCGCUCCGUCCUCUUUUCUAGUUGGGCCUUGAAUGCGGCCAAGAAGAACACACUGGUAUUCCUAGGCUAUACGCUAGUGGGUCUAGCGCUGUCCCCCAAGCCUUCCAUUACGCUGGCCGCGGAACUACUGCGUCUUGGGGCCCCCAUUGACUUUCCGAACAAAAUGCUGACAGGGAUGACGGCACUACAUUACGCAGUGCGAGGAACGUCGGAGCAGGCGGCAAAGUUUGUGCGAUUCCUGCUUGAACAAGGGGCUGAUCCGGAGUAUGAGUAUAAUCGCAAGAAACCAGCAAAUGAGCCAGGGGCAAGAUUAUUGCAGAAGUGGGUGGGCGAGACGUGGGACGAGCUCGUGAAGAGGACGGAGGGGGCGAGAUUGGAAAAGAAGCGACAAUAUGAGGGAACAUAUGAAGACACCUACCGUUGCCUAGACGAAGAGGAGGAGGAACAAAACAAAACAAAGAGGCUGAGGCUUGCCUAUAUUUUGAACUAA